CUCUGGCAAUGUGAGUCUCGAGGGUUAUAAUCUCAGCGCCUCCCUCCCUACAAGUACUAGUACACAAUAAUCCGUACCUACCUUACCUACAUACAAGUACACACACACGUAUGUUCCCAACCGACCAUCCCCGGCAUUCAUCUCCGGCCCCCUUCACCCCGAUCUGAAGAAUCUCGGAUGCGGCCCCGGAAACCGGCAUGAGGUGACAUGCGCCAUGAACUCGCCCUUCCCCCAGUCCUCCUCUGCCGACGGCAAAGGGCGCAUCGUCGUCCGGCGUCUUCCCACGGGCAUUUCCGGGCUCGAGACAUUCGAAUACCAGUACCCGCUCAAGCUUGUCACGCCCAAGCGCCCCCGGGAGACGAGCGCGCUCGUGUAUCUGCUCUCGUACGGCGGCGGUCUUGUUGGCGGCGACAAGGUCAGCUUGGAAAUCGAGGUCGAGGCCGGUGCGCGGCUGAGCCUGGCCACGCAGGGGCACACCAAGAUCUUCAAGUCGGCGAGCCCGGAUAUCGUCACCCGCCAGACAAUGCGGGUCAAGAUCGCGGCCGGCGCCGCCGUCUGUCUCCUCCCGGACCCUAUCCAGCCGUUUGCGCACAGCGUCUACGAGCAGAUCCAGGUCUUCAGGCUGGCACGGAACGCGUCGCUGUGCCUCUUGGACUGGGUCACCGAGGGGCGCUCCGCGCUUGGCGAGCACUGGAGCUUCGUCAAAUGGGUCGGCCGCAACGAGGUAUGGACCAUGGGCGACGGCCAGGCAACCCAAGACCGAUUGCUGGUCAGAGACAUCGCCAUCCUCGACAGCAAGAGAGCAUACCCCCAGCUGCCGACUCUGCGCGAGUCGAUGAACGGGCUGACCGUCUUUGGAACCCUCAUCCUGCGGGGUCCUCUUAUGAAGUCGGUUGGGGAGUUCUUUCUCGCCGAGUUUGCCGCCCUCCCACGGCUCGGGGCCCGCGAUUGGCGGAGCGAUGAUGCGAAAGGUCAAAAGGAUGCUGGCAGUGAUGAUUUAUCGCCACGCGAGAAGUGGCGCGAAGAGAGAGUGCAGAGAGAAAAGGAGAACAAGGUGCUCUGGUCGGCAGCCAGCAUCAGGGGCUGCGUUGUGGUCAAAUUUGGGGCGCCCACCUUUGAAGCCGGCCGACUCUGGAUAGGCUCUAUGCUGGCUCAAGAAGGCAGUAUCGCGCAGCAUUUUGGGGAACAAGCGCUCAUGUGCCUGAGGUGGUAACUAAACAAUUGCCCCUCGAUAAGCUUCAUCAGGCAUUCAUUCAUUCAUCCCAGAAGCCGUAUAAACGGAGAAUAAACAGAUGAACAUGAACAUAAAAAUACAAACCAAAAUAAUACAAUGAAAGAGUUACAGC